GUACUCCCCGGACUCUACCUCGGAAACUUCAUUGAUGCCAAAGACCCGGAUCAGCUGGGCCGGAAUAAGAUCACACACAUCAUCUCUAUCCAUGAGUCACCCCAGCCUCUGCUGCAGGAUAUCACGUACCUCCGCAUCCCGGUGGCUGAUGCCCCUGAGGUACCCAUCAAAAAGCACUUCAAGGAAUGUAUCACCUUCAUCCACUGCUGCCGCCUCAGUGGGGGGAACUGCCUUGUGCACUGCUUUGCAGGCAUCUCCCGCAGCACCACCAUCGUGACGGCGUAUGUGAUGACCGUGACGGGGCUAGGCUGGCGGGACGUGCUUGAAGCCAUCAAGGCCACCCGGCCCAUCGCCAACCCCAACCCAGGCUUUAGGCAGCAGCUUGAAGAGUUUGGCUGGGGCAGUUCCCGGAAGAGUACCAAGCACGGGGCCCCACACAUCCUCCGAGGACUUCAGCCACCCUGCUACAGAAUCCAAAGGCCCUCUCCCCUGACCAAGGUGAAGAACUGCCGAGCCCGGGGGUGGAGCCAGCUGGCCUCCCGUCUCCGCCCCAAACACCCGGCCCACUUCCAAGAAUAA